AUGAAUAAAAUAAUAAUAGUAUUUUUAACAAUAAUUCUGAUUACAUAAGCUAAAAGACAUUUUAUAGAGAAUAAGGUUAAUUAAAAAUAAGAAUUACUUGGAGGUAUAAAAUGGAAGUCUCCAUAAAAAUUUAAUAAUGAUGAAGAUUAUUAAAAAGCUAUAGAAAAAGCAAGACAUGAAUUCCAUCAUAUUUGUAAUUUAUCUAUUGAUAUUACUUGGAUUAGAGUAGAAAAGGUGGGUUUUUAAAUUGUAGCAGGUGUAAUGUGGUGGGUAUUAUAUUAAAUUUAUAUAUAUAUUUUAGUUAGAAGUUGAAUUGAGUAAUGAUUAAAUUUAUGAGAUGAAAGUAUAUUAAGAAUUAGAGGGAACUUUUGAAUUAGUUGAAUGCAACAAAUGA